GCAUGCUGCUGUGAUACUGGUUGCUAGUGUUUAAAACACGUGUUUUGUGAUUUUGUGUUUGUGUAUCAUUGUGUAUUAUUUAUUCUAACAUGGGUCCUCUGAAUAAAAAGCAGCCAAAAGAUGUGCUCAAAGCACAGCAAAAGCUUAAGAAAAAAGCGUUUAAGGAUAAGAAGCAAAUGGCUUUAUUGGCAAAGAUAGAAAAAGAUAAACUUAUUGCUGAGGGAAAAUUGGAUAAUUUUUUGAAAAAGGAUCUAUCAACCUUAAGUAUUGCAGUACCUGGAUCUAUCCUAAAAAAUGCACAGUCAGUGGAACUGAGAACUUACUUAGCUGGUCAGAUUGCCAGGGCUAUAUGCAUGUUCCAAGUGGAUGAGAUCAUAAUAUUUGAUGACGAAAGUGAAAAUAAGACUCCUUCUUGGAAGCAACAGCAAGACGAUGAGGAAGAGUAUAAUUCAAAGAAUGCUUGUCUCCAGUUUGGACGCAUAUUGCAAUAUCUAGAGUGCCCACAAUAUCUAAGAAAAAGUUUUUUCCCAAUGCACAAGGAUCUCAGAAAUGCAGGACUACUUAAUCCAUUGGAUGCCCCACAUCAUUUGAGGACAGCAAAUAUUUUUGAAUUCAGGGAAGGUGUUGUGAUUGAAUCACCUCAGAAAGAAAAGAGUUUUGUCAAUGUCGGAUUCCAAAAUGAUAUUGAAAUUGAUAAAGUGCUUGAACCUGGGGUGCGAUGCACAGUUCGGGUGAAUGAAAACAAGAAGUCAGGGACCGUCGUUUCACCGCUGACGCCUAGACGUGAGACCGGUGUAUAUUGGGGAUACUCUGUUCGAAUAGCAACGUCCCUUUGGGAUAUAUUCUCUGGAUGUCCAUUCAAAAAUGGAUAUGACUUAAGUAUUGGAACAUCGGAUAAAGGAGAAUCUGUGGAUACCUUUGAAAAGGAUUACAGUCAUUGUUUGAUUGUCUUCGGUGGUUUAUUUGGUAUUGAAUCGGCUUUAGGAAGCGACGGUGCUAAAAUGGAGAAUGAUCCAAAGAAACUAUUCAAUUAUUACUUAAACACAUUGCCGAACCAGGGCUCGAGAACAAUUAGAACUGAAGAAGCCGUCUUAGUCACAUUAUCAGCGUUGAGGACCAAAUUGAAGCCACAAAACCCCCCAAUGGAGUUUGUUCUGCACGAUCAAAUUGCACUUAGCAUAGAUACAUAAUGUUAUUUAUAUUCCUUUUUAGUUGAAAAUGUUACUAUAUUUUGUCCUAUAAGUAUCGUUGAUCUAUAACGCCGUCUAUCCAAUAAAUAAUU